AUGAGUGCGACAAGAAGCAGGACCCGGAACGCGCCGACCGAGAAGUCGACAGAUGCGGCAGUCGAGAAGCAAGAACCAAAAUACAACGAUGGCGAAUCCGACGAAUUCGAAUUUGGUGGCUCUCUCGGAGUCACAGCUCUCAUGAUCAGCUUCCCACUGGUAAUGUGGUACAUGUGGAUCGGAGCGACUUACUAUGAAGGUCGAUUGCCCUUGCCAGCUGCAGGUCAAACCUGGGGAGAGUUUGGCCAUCACCUGGCUCAACUCGUGUAUGAGGGGGCCUACCCGACAGCCAAGGCUUGGGCUAUCUUUUGGACUUUUUUUGUGGCCGAGGGUGUCAUGUACUGCUAUAUGCCGGGAGUCAUGACCCAGGGCCGACCAUUGCGACACGAGGGCGGAAGGAAGCUGCCGUACUACUGUUCCGCCUAUUCUAGCUGGUAUGCAACCAUCGCUAUUGCCGCUGCCCUGCACCUGACCGGUCUUUUCCCUUUGUACACACUCAUCGAUGAGUUCGGGUCGAUCAUGACUGUGGCUAUUAUCUCCGGCUACCUCAACAGCUUGGUCGUCUACGUCCAAGCCAUUCUGAGGGGCCGGACACACCGUCCUACGGGGUACCCUCUGUACGACUUCUUCAUGGGCAUCGAGCUGAAUCCUCGCAUUGGGAUCCUGGACUUCAAAAUGUUCUACGAAGUCAGGAUCCCUUGGUUCAUUCUAUUCCUGGUCACCGCCUCAGUCGCUACUCGCCAGUACGAGGACUACGGCUAUGUUUCGCCCGAAGUCCUAUUCCUACUCAUGGCACAUUUCCUCUACGCCAAUGCAUGUGCCAAAGGAGAGCAGCUGAUUAUCACAUCAUGGGACAUGUACUGGGAGAAACUUGGUUUCAUGCUCACCUUCUGGAACUUGGCCGGCGUCCCCUUUACCUACUGCCACUGUGCUCUCUACUUUGCAAAUACCAACCCAUCCGAAUAUCGCUGGAACCGCUAUGCACUCGCCGCGCUUGUCGUCGUGUACCUCUUUAUGUACUGGAUGUGGGACUCAUCGAAUGGCCAGAAGAACUCAUUCCGCCAACAGGAAAGGGGCCAACUUAUCAAGCGCCAAACAUUUCCCCAAGUCCCCUGGAUUGUCAUCGAGAACCCCAGGACCAUCGAGACAGAUGCUGGUGACCGCAUCCUGGUGGAUGGCUGGUUCGCUAUCGUGCGAAAGCCGAACUACGUUCCUGACAUGUUUUUCUCCAUGUCUUGGGGUUUGAUCACUGGGUUCAAGAGCCCAUUUCCAUGGUUCUACUUCGUCUUCUUCAUGAUCAUGAUCGUGCAUAGGGCUACUAGGGACAUCGAGAGGUGCCGCAGGAAGUAUGGCGCCGCUUGGACCCAGUACGAAAAGGAAGUCCCUUAUUUGUUCUUCCCGUACAUCUUCUGA